CCGGGACUCGAUGGGUGAUGAAGUUGUCUCUCUGUUCCUCCGCACAUGGAUGCUUUCCUCUGAAAACUUGAAGGCGGUGGUUACAUCUGUCAAGAAUUUUAGGUGGAUCAUGCCCUGGGCUCCUGAACGUUUUCGUGAAGGUGGUCUCAUUGUGGGUAUGGAUAUGUCGUUGUGGUAUAUGUUUGGUAGCAUUCCCCCGACCUCCAUAAUCAUAGGCAUAAUGAUAUUACUCGGUGAUCCAACUGUUAACAAGUGGUUGCUGAUUCCCGACACGAUUCUCAUGCUUUUAGGGGGCAUGGUUACUCAUCCGGCUCUGCUGGCAUCUAUUAUUUAUUGGUAUCGUGACAUGCCAUUCUGUUUAAUUGGUGCCAAGGCCAAAUUUAAGCUCGAGGUCAUUCCUAUGAUAAUUGCAGCAGCCUUUCAUCACCUUUUGGAGUUCAAUUAUGGGUAUUUCUGUCUAAUACUAGGUUUCACGACAUAUUUCUAUACCAUUGCGCACUUCAUGCGCGCAGCGUAUGAUAUUGGAGGAAAAGACGUAUUGUUGGGAUUAGUAAUGCUGGUUCUUGCUUACUUUCUCAAGGGAGGAUUGUUAGUUAGAGGUUUGGGUUUGAGCUUGUGUGUUGUAUUGUGUUUCUAUAGAUAUGUGACAUAUUCUGCUCCUGAAGUACCUGAGCAUGGUAAAAAGGAGUUGGAGCAGUUGCCUUGCUGACUGAGGACCAACCCAUCCAGAAUACGGACCAACGGUACUUCUAUGGCUCUUCUCAUUAUCUUACUUG